GAUAGGGGGCAGACUGAGCUGAGUGAUGUUCAGAGAGGUCACACGGGCGAGCUCGCAGAUUGCGCAGAGGAGAGGAGAAGAAUCAGAGAAGUUGUCUUUUUAAACGACCUUGUGGUAUUCGGAUAAUUGUUUGUUUAAGAAACUUGUUUGAAGUAGGAAUCGAAAAGAUGGGGAACCGGGUCGCCCGUGAAGACUACGAAUGGGUGUACACGGACCAGCCGCAUGCCGACAGGAGAAAAGAAAUUCUGGCGAAAUAUCCACAAAUCAAGUCGCUGAUGGGUCCUGACCCGAGGCUGAAAUGGGUUGUGUGCAUGAUGGUGGUUGUACAGUUUUUAGCUUUCUACCUUGUCAAAGACUUAAGCUGGAAAUGGGUUUUGUUUUGGACUUAUGCCUUUGGCAGUUGUAUCAACCAUUCAAUGACCCUUGCUAUUCAUGAGGUCUCCCACAACACUGCCUUUGGAAACAACAAGGCCAUGUGGAACCGCUACUUUGCCAUAUUUGCCAACCUGCCCAUUGGCCUGCCCUACUCUGCCUCCUUCAAACGCUAUCACCUGGACCACCACCGCUACCUGGGGGGAGACGGCAUAGAUGUAGACAUUCCCACUGAGUUUGAAGGGUGGUUCUUUUGCACACGUUUCCGCAAGUUUAUCUGGAUUAUUCUGCAGCCACUGUUUUAUGCCAUCCGGCCCCUGUGCAUCAACCCCAAACCAAUCACUCGGCUGGAGAUUACCAAUGUGGUCGUCCAGCUCACCUUUGACAUCCUGCUCUACUGGCUGUGGGGGGCCAAGCCUGUGGUCUAUAUGUUGGCUGGCUCCAUGCUGGGGAUGGGCUUGCACCCAAUCUCUGGUCACUUCAUAGCUGAGCACUACAUGUUCCUCAAGGGCCACGAGACCUACUCUUACUACGGCUCCCUCAACCUGCUCACCUUCAACGUGGGAUACCACAAUGAGCACCAUGACUUCCCCAGCAUCCCAGGACGCAGGCUACCCAUGGUAAAGAAAAUAGCACCAGAGUACUAUGAUGACCUGCCGCAGUACACGUCGUGGGUGAAGGUCCUGUACGACUUCAUCAUGGACGACGCACUGAGCCCAUACUCUCGCGUCAAGAGGAAGCUGAAGGGAGACGUCAAACAGGAAUAACUUCAGCAACAGCUUCUCAGGAACAAAGCUGUGGUGUCCAGCAGGACCGCAGCCCGGCUCACCAUCCUGUAAACUUAACUGCUUCUGCGUAUUAAUACAUUCUGCAUGUGAAACAAGGGUGGAGAUCAUGUACACGAGUUUAGAAGUGUGCUUUUUCUCCACAAGACAAAAUAGUUUCAGUUGUUGUUAACCAGAUCAGAAAAAACCAAGCCCAGCCAUGUUACAGAGAAAAUCUAAGAGUCUGGAGUUUGUUAAUGUGAUGUUAGGCGGGACCUCGGACUGGUUGCACAAAGACUUUGGCUUGAAUAUAAAGCAUACAUCCAAUUUUCUAUGGAUUCUGAUCAAAGUAAGACUACUGCCAUGAAAUUUGGUGCAGACAUUAUUUUUAGUCCAACACUGUUUUAAAACUAAAUGUCCACUGAAUGAGUCUUUAUUGCAUUCACUGCUGCCAUUCUAGCUGGUAUGCAGACCUGCAGCAGAUGUGUGAGUCCUGGAAGACGUCCUUCUCUAACACUUCCAGUGCUCAUACUGGAGACUUGGCAGAACCAGGAUGUGAUGCAGUCAUAACUACUGGAAGUCUCCAUUAGCUUCACCUGAACUUUGAAUGCUAGCCAAAAUAAACUUUACACCUACCAAACAUCGCGUGCAUGUGAGCUUGCUGAUGUUAACAUUUAGCACCACUGUAUAACUUCACAGACCUUGAUGCUUGUGCACUGUCAGAUAGAAUAGAAAUUAGGCAGACAGUUCCUUUUCCUGCUAUAGUAACAUGUUCCCUCGCGUUCUGUCUGUUGUGCCUUGUGAAAAUUUGUGCCUUAAAAAUACGUUUUACUAUAAACAUUCAUGAGUGAAGAAUCAACAAUAACUAUUUAAAUAUAGCAAUAGUAAGUCAUACACUCAGCCACGUUGUCCUCUGCUUUGUCGCUAGUCUUCAUUGUAGAGCUCAUCCAUCAAAAAAGAAAAUUAGUUGCUAUUUUGAAAAUUGGUUAACUGUUUCAGUCAUUUUUAUAGCCUCUAAAAUGUAAGAAUUUGCUGCUUUACUGUCAUUGAUGGCAGUAAAUCAAGAGGCUGGUUUAAAGAAGCAUUUUAAAGGCAUCACUUUGGUCUCUGGCAAACAGUUUCACAAUUUUAUCACAUUUUAUAGAGUAAAUUAAUUGACGUGUGAUGUAAUUGUGAAAAUAAUCAGAUUAAUCAAUAAUAAAAGUCAUAAUUAGUUGCAGCCCUACUUUAUUUUUUAAUUAAUUUUUAAAAUUUGCAUUACGCUGGUAAACUUUCCCACCUAUAGACCAGUCUAUGAUGUCUUUAUGCAACCAGUCCCAGAAAUUAGUCAUCAAGGUUGCUAUGCAGACAUUAAAGAUUGUAUAAAUAAGCUUCUCCUGUAUUGUGACAGUGCAAACCACGUCGGAGCUGUUACAGUUUGUAGUCUGCCACAGAGAUGUGUUGUGAACAAAUAACUGAACAUAGACGAUGCCCUCCUCCAUUUUGGACUCUUAAUAGUUGGAGGUCAACAACAUGAAAGCAGUUUUGUUAUUGGGCAGCAGCAUCACUCUGUUAAUCUGUGUGUGUGUGUGUGUGUGUGUGGACAUGGACCAAAGUUGAACCCUGAGUGAAUCCCCUCAUUAAGAUCCCUCUGUAUGAACUGAGUUUGUUGCAACAUGUUACGGUUAUGUGAGGGUUCACACGUAUUAGUUGCUUUAUGCUUUAAAUGUGGAAAUGAAAUUUUUCUUGCCCAUGAACCUUAGUUUCCUGCUGCUCUGCUUUUUAACUUGCAGCACUUUAAUGCACCAUGAUGUUAUACAAGCUGUUUCCAUUCAAACUCUGUGACUGUAACAGAGAAGAAAGGUCACGCUGAGGCCGUGUUGCAGGUGAGAUCCAAGUGUUUUACUCGUCCGUGCCUCACAGUCUUGUUUUCAGUUUGUGAUGGUGGUCUCAAUUUAAAUGUUAUGAAUUGAUUUACCCUGAUGAAAAAGUGUGUGCUAAGAAUUGACUUUUAACUUCUAAAACGUCAUGACGGCUUGGAUUUAGGAUUUAAAUUGGGAGACGCAGCUGCCUGGAACCGAAUGACAAUUGUUGCUAAUGAAUUGACUGAUUUAAGCAUUUUUAUAUUUAAUAGACUACCUUAAGGCCAAUAAUAUAAAUGAAAAAAUAAAAGACUUAUGUUAUUCGUGUCAGUGUAGUGGCCAUGGAGCAGCAUUCAGACCAGGGGCCACCAGCCAUGCUGUCCUCUCCUAGGAUUUUUGAAAUACAUUAUUGUUUCAAUCAAAAUCAGAAUGGUAAUCUGUGGUCUUGUCAUAUUAAUUUGUCUACAAAAGUUGUAAAUUCUGUUUUCAGAUUUUUGACAUUUAUAAACUGAGAACCACAAAUAAAAACAUUGCUUCAGCAAAA